AGCAAUGAGCAUAGCUCGCUCCUCUAGAUUCUGCCCCUGCUGAGUGGAGCUUUCUCAUAUGCUCUCCAGUCUCUGUAUUGAAGAGUGGUUCUCGUGAUGCACCUCAUUUCGCUCCGUGGGAUCAAGGUCGCUGUUAAUACGCUAUGUAAUUAGCUCACCGUGCUAUAUAAGCUACGGCGUUCCUUCAUCGUCGCCUUUCGCUUUUUCCGAACGCCACGCUAACGCAGCAGUGUAUUACAAUGAUGGCCAAUGGAUGGAUCACCGCCGUGAUAGACACGAGAGUCGUUUGUUCUGGGAUUCUCCUAGUUAUAGUAGGUCUGCUAUGGGUUACAGGACGGCUCGAUGUUCGCAGGAGGAGGAUGCCUCCAGGGCCGAAGGGCCUUCCCUUUAUUGGGAACAAGCAUCAGGUACCCUCCGUCAAACCGUGGAGGACGUUUGAGAAAUGGAAUCAACAAUUUGGACCUAUCAUCUCGUUUUACUUGGGUAGGACGCCAGUGAUUGUCCUUGGUACUGCUCAGGCCGCCUGGGACCUGCUUGACAAACGUUCAGAUAUCUACUCCAGUCGGCCGCGAUUUGUGGUAGCAGGAGAGAUACUCUCAGCCAAUAUGCGAGGCCUUAUGCUACCGUAUGGAGACGAAUGGCGUAAAUGGAGAAAGCUUUUGCAUUCCGGCCUCCAUGCUCGGCGUGCAGAGUCAUACAGUGACAUGCAGUCGCUCGAGAGCAAGGUUACUUUGCGAGACAUACUAUUACAUCCUCACGAAUGGGACAUCAACUUUCAGAGAUUUGCUGCAAGUGUCGCAACUUCUCUAUCAUAUGGGCGGCGUGUCAAUAGUAUGGAUGAGUGGAUCGUAAAAGAGAACGUGGCUGCCAUGGAGUACCUAACUAGUGUCAACAUCCCCGGAAAAUACCUUGUCGAAUCGUGGCCCUGGCUUUUGAAGUUGCCGCGCCCUUUGCAAUGGUUUCGUCGCGAACCGGAGGCACAUCGCCAACGAGAUAUCAAACUAUACACUGCUCUUCUUGAAGAUGUCAAGAAACGGAUGGCCGAAGGCGCCUCACAGGACUGUCUUGCUGCGCAGGCUUUAGUCAAAGAAGGCUUCGGAUCUGGAUCAGAACCGAUGAAUCAGAAGGAGAAGGUGACUUUCUCUGAAUUGGAUGUUGCUUACACUGUUGCAUCUCCAUUUGGAGCCGGUAUUGAAACUACCGCUGGGACUCUAGCUACAUUUAUGCUCGCCAUGUUGCACAACCCGCAUGUCGCGAAGAAAGCCCAAGUAGAAUUGGACCAUGUGAUUGGACAGGACCGUGUUCCGAGUUUCUCGGACAAAGCUAGCCUGCCAUUUGUCCAAGCUAUUGUUGAUGAGUCUCUUCGGUGGAGGCCAGUGGCGGUUCUCGGAGGGACCCCGCAUGCGGUGAUCGAGGAUGAUGAGUACAAUGGAAUGUUCAUUCCCAAGGGCUCGACGGUGUUUGCCAAUCUGUCUGGCAUCAUGAAUGACCCAGAACUAUUCCCAUCUCCUGAGGAGUUCAUACCCGAACGUUUCCUCCCCAGCUCCCCAAUGUUCAAUGCCGAUCUGCGGCCUUUCGAUCUGCCAUUUGGAUUUGGCAGGCGUGUCUGUCCAGGGAUGCAUCUUGCUCGGAAUUCCUUGUUCAUCACCAUCAGCCGCAUCCUUUGGGCGUUCGAAAUCCUGCCAACAUUAGACGAAAAUGGGGCUGCGAUCUUGCCCGACUCGCACAACUAUACCGAUGGGUUUAACUCGCGGCCGAUGCCAUUCGAUUGCAUUCUGAAGCCCAGAAAUGAGAAGGUCUCCGAUUUGAUUCUGAGGGAAGGCGAAUCUGCCAUGGAGAGUCUUACCAGUUGGAGAUGAGCGAGCCUUUCUCGUUGAUGAAUCUCGAUCAGUACAGGGAGCUGCAAACAGCAACAUUGUUAUCCCAAUUAUUACCAUCUCAGACAAGUUAUGUGUAGGUUGUAUACAAAGUCACGAUAUCUAUGGCAGUUCCCGACUCGAACUUCCCGCGAACGUUUUCCCCAU